ACCCACGCAGUACGCACAACACCUUACGCUGUACUUGACCUCCACACAACGCGACCCACUCAACAGCACUGCACCAAAAAUCAUUUCAGCAGCCCAAUCUCAUUCAGAUCUCCUAGGAGUCUGUCACCAUGCCUAAGGCGGCUAAGGGCAAGUCCGGCAAGGUUGAGAAGCGGCGGGGCAAGAAGGACCCCAACGCUCCCAAGAGAGGUCUCUCGGCGUACAUGUUCUUCGCCAACGAACAGCGCGAAAAUGUGCGCGAGGAGAACCCUGGCGUCUCGUUUGGCCAGGUCGGCAAGAUCCUCGGUGAGCGGUGGAAGGCCCUGAGCGAUAAGCAGCGGGCCCCGUACGAAGCGAAGGCUGCGGCCGACAAGAAACGGUAUGAGGAUGAGAAGCAGGCGUACAAUGCCCAAGCCGACGGCGACGAGGAGGAAUCCUCCUAGUCGCAUCGCCUCCUUCCCCGAUUCAUUGCGCUAGGGCAGGCCGCUCUUUUGAGCUGGUAGUUACCCAUUCACGCCCGGCAAUGCCAUCAAUACAGGCCUUUUCUUUUAUCCUUGUAUCUUUUGGGAUGGACGGUGUUGCUUGGGGCACGGCAAUGGGCUUUUCGUGCUUAUUCUCUUUCGUUUUAUUUUCGGGCAUGGUUUGCGUGUGGUUUGCUAUGAUCUUAGGACACUGGACGGCAGGAUUUGCUGUGGCAUGGGUGAUGACGACUCCAUUCCAGCAAGAGGAUUCAGCGCUGGACCCACGAUGUGUACAACAGAGACCCUCUUCUUGGUACCCUGGCGCAUCAAGAUUCGCGGCAACUGUGACGCAUGUGUAAUGGUGAGUCGGCG